CGCGGACGCGAGCGCGUACGGAGCUGUCAGUCGGAUAUGCGGGCGGCUGGCCGAGGAUGUCUCUGCUCCGCUCAACUCAUUUGAAUUAAACAAAGUUGUUUGUUUCUCUUUUUGAGGCUGCGGGAAUAAAAUCGACCGGUGAGCACGUUGCUCCAGUGAAAUGGUCAACGAGGUAACGCGCGCGAGCAAGCAAUGCCAACACAGACUGCUGCUGCUGCUAGGAGAAGCUAAUAACUAGCUGCUAGGCUAGCUGGCUAACAUCAACCACUACUACAAACCAUCACCGCCAUCCGCAGCAGCCGCCGAGCGUUUUCAUCCUCGUCGCCGCUCCGCUGUGUCGCCUCCUCUGUCGUUUUCCUUCCUCUCCACCGAGGAGCUUGGCUGUGGAUCCGUCGCUGUGGCGGGCCAACGCACGCCCAGGCAUCCCCUGGACACCCGGGCGGACGCGUCGCAGUGACAACGCCGGGCGUGGGUAAGCUCUCGUCACAACAUGGCGGAACUUUCAGCCUUAUCCGCGUCGCCGCCGCCUGGCUUGGUCGACGCCCAUGCAUCUCCCUCUGCCUCGUCCGGGGCGCCCAAAUCUUCCCUCUGCAAUGACGUGAAUGUGAUCAAAAACGCUCCCACUGUGCCAGUGACGCUGCCACCGCCAAGUCAGUCAACUGCCGAGACCCCCGUGGGUGAUGACCGGGUAACGGUGCCCCAAAAAGAGGAAAUACCGGGGCCUGAUGCUCCAGUUGAAGCCGACGUGAUGCCACAACAGGCGUCCCCCUCCCCUGACCUCACCGCCGGUCCUAAUCUGUACCCCAACGUGCACGUCACCCACAACCCUCCCCCCACCUCGGCUGAAGUUCCUGUGGCGCCCCCGGUAGCAGCACCCCCAGUAGCAACACCUCCAGGAGCGGCACCCCUGGAGGAGAAACCCCAGCAAGCCCCCACGAGUCCUCCCCCAAAGAGUCCUCCCCCACCUGUGUCCCCCAAGCCUCAAAGUCCCAUCAAAGCACAGUCACCCUUCACCCCGCCUCCACGGGCGGGGCACCCCAGUCCCACGGUGCCGCAGCCCAGCCCCAGUCCUACGGUGCCGCUGAUCCAAGAACCUGGCCCUAGCCCCCCCGCACCCUGCAGCCCGCCACCAGGGGCGGGGCACUCCAGCCCCACAUUGCCGCUCAUCCAAGAGCCUUGUGUCCCCGCGCCGGGCUCUCAACGUCCAGCCCCAGACACCCUCAGCUACCUGGAGUCUGCCAGCCUGAUGUCGGGGACGCUGGAGUCGCUGUCGGGCCUCGGGGACGACUGCAGUUCACUGGGCUCCGACUCUGAGAUCAACGGCAUGGCGGUGAGGCGCACUGACAAGUACGGCUUCCUGGUUGGGAACCAGUUCAGCGAGGGGAGUGACAAGGAAGUACGAGUGGAGGUAGCCCGACAGAGGGAGAUGAAAUGGCUGGACAUGUUCAACCAUUGGGACAAAUGGGUCAAAAAUCGCUUCCAGAAGGUGAAAAUGCGCUGCCGGAAAGGGAUUCCGUCGUCGCUGCGCUGCAAAGCCUGGCAGCUGCUGUCUAACAGCCAAGAGCUGCUGGAUGCCAACCCCGGCAAGUUUGAGGAGCUGGAGAGAGAGCCCGGAGAGGCCAAGUGGUUGGACAUCAUCGAAAAAGAUCUUCACAGGCAGUUUCCCUUCCACGAGAUGUUUGCUGCACGUGGAGGCCACGGGCAACAAGAUCUCUACCGCAUCUUGAAGGCCUACACCAUAUACCGGCCUGACGAGGGAUACUGCCAGGCGCAGGCUCCCGUGGCUGCCGUACUCCUCAUGCACAUGCCCGCCGAGCAAGCAUUCUGGUGCCUGGUGCAGAUCUGCGAGAAGUAUCUCCCGGGCUACUACAGUGCCGGGCUGGAAGCCAUCCAGCUGGACGGCGAGAUCUUUUUCUCGCUGUUGCGCCGUACGUGUCCCAUGGCUUACAGACACCUGAAGAAGUUCAAGAUCGACCCCAUCCUCUAUAUGACCGAGUGGUUCAUGUGCAUCUUCUCACGCACGCUGCCUUGGGCCUGCGUGCUGCGUGUAUGGGACAUGUUCUUCUGCGAAGGGGUGAAAAUUGUGUUCCGCGUGGGCCUAGUGCUGCUCAAGCAGAUGUUGGGCUCAGUGGACAAACUGCGCCAGGUGCAGGGCAUGUACGAGACGAUGGAGCGGCUCCGGGGCAUCUCACCCGACACCAUUAGAGAGGACAGCCUGGUGCAGGAGGUGAUCCUUCUCCAGGUGACGGAGGCGCUGAUCGAGCGUGAAUGCACGGUCCAGGUGAGGAAAUGGCGCGAGUCCCGAGGGGACCUGACUCACCAGCCUGGCCGCCGCCUACACGGCACCCGAGCCAUUUUCGAGCAGAAGCGUCGCGCCGCUGCCAUCAGCUCGGGCGGCAGCUUCUCAUUUCUGGCCAGCUCCAUCCCGCCGCCGGGACCCCUGCGGGCAUCGUCGUCCUUGCUCUCGCUGCCGGGCUUCCGAAGGUCUAGGACACCGUUCCACUCACACAGCAAGAAGAGCUCCUUCUCGGGGCCUUCAUUUUAUGACGGCGCUCGGCCACAGUCACCCCCAGCCGCCGGCAGCCAGAAGCCGCCCAUUCCUCCUGGGGCGGCGCAGAGGGCGCCACAGGUCCAGAGUCCCCUCGUGGGGAAUGGUCCACGAGGCGCUCAAAGUGCACCGAUGCCCAACACUAUGUCUCCCUCCCCGAGGGUCGUCUCGGAGCAAAUCACGCCCACCAUCCCCUCGCCCACCGCCAACAACACCCCUCUGAUGCCAGAUGCCGACACCAACAAAGAGGGGAUGGCCGAGUCCCCGCCAGCCACGCCACCGCCUCCCGUGGAGGAGGAUGGCCGCAAAAAGAAGAAGAGCAAGGAGGACAAGAGGAAGGACCGCGAGGAUGAGAAGAAGAGGCUGAAGGAGAAGAAGGAGAAGGACAAAGCGGAGAGGGAGAGACUCAAGAAGGAGAAAGAGCGUCUGGAGAAGGAGAAGAAGAAAACGGGAAAGAAGAAGGACAAAGGGUUGGCGGGUCCGGGACCGGACCAUGACAAAAACGGGGCGGCCGCAGCGGCAAGGGAUUCCACCUCAUUGGCGCAUGAAAAGAAAAAGGAGGAGGCUGAGUAAGAAAAAAAAAGCAGUUGGGUUUCCUUUGAAGACACAAUGACAGAUUAAAAAAAUGUGAGCUUAGUAGCACAAUUGCCUAAGUCAUUUUUGAACCUUUUAAGACUCAAGUUGCCUCGACUCAAACUUUGACCUGGAUGACUGCGAAUCUACACAGACAAAAGACCAAACACACAUUUUAGCAAGCACGUGAAUAUUUUGGUUUCUAUUUUGGUUUUUGCGAGAGUAAGUUAUGAUUUAGGCAAUUAUGCUAUUAAGCCAAAUAAAUGGGACUUCAUGGAAGGGGUGGUGUCCAUCUUUUAAACAAGGAGGAUGUGAUCAGACGUGGCACCGCUGUUUUGUUUUUUGUUUUGAAAUAACUAUUUUAACCAUGACAAACCACAGAAGAUGUACAUAGUAAUAAUAGUUAAGCACCGCCUCCAAGGACGUUUAAUUGGAUUGUGAAUAUCACAUCGAGUCGCCUCCAGAAAAACGUCUGUGACGUGCCGGGAGCUAUUUAUUGGAUAUUGUGGUGCGUGCCUUUAGUAGCGUAGCGUUACUGCGGUGUGCGCGUCUCCCCCUGCUGGCGACGGAGAGUAUUCCAACUAAGUGGUGGUGCUUUUUGUGUUGUUACAAACGAGUGGGACUUUUUAAAAUUGCACUUCUUGAUCUGGUUUGUAGUUUAGCCCUCAGUACCUCCACCUAAAGGAGAUCUUUAUUCAGUAAAUUCGUCAUUGAACUGCAAUGUUGGACGUGCACCGAAGAGGAUUAGGGGACACACGGCAUACAAAAAUAAUUUACACUGAGAAUAAAGUCAUAUUUUUUUUCUGGAGAAAGUCAGAAUACAGUGAGUGCAGUUUUUCAAGAUUAGCCAUGAUUUCACAAACGAAUGGCAAACUUUUUGUUGCCAUUACCGGCUUAUUCCAUCAUCAAAGCAAGUCACUCAGACGAUUAGCUAGUUUUCGUACAGAUGCUUUUAAUGACCCACCACAUCUAUUUACUAUCCAAACUUGCGAAAGUUGGUGGCUGGGAAUUGAAGCCGUGCCGUUUUCAUGAAAGGAAGCCAAUGCCCAUUGAUAAAUGACACACAAAAAAAGUAAGACUUUGAUCUUUCAAAAAAAAAUUGUUUUUUCCCCAAAUAUAUGGAUCAUUCUUGAAAAAAUAUUUUGCUCACAAAAAAAGACUUUUUUCUCAUAGUGUAAUUAUCAUUUUCGUGUGUGCCUGGUCCUCCUGCUUAGUCAUUAGACCAAUGAGUAUUACGUAAAAACUAAUCUGCAUUUUUAUUUGUAAUCCAAAUAUCAGAAUGUGAUCGGAAGACGAUGAAGGAUGAUCCUUGCACUUCCCUCAGUUACAAAAAAAAAAAACAUUUCCUGUCAGGCUUGUUACCAGGCAGGUUUCCCCCUUUUUUUAUAUUUUGGACCGUGAGGUGCCCGGUGUGCCCAUGUAGCAUUAACCUCUCACCUUUUGAUGUAUCUAAUGUAUAAAGUGGUUAAUUUAAUCAAAUAUAGGAUAUAAUGAUCUUUUUUUUUUAAUAAUGAGAGUUAUUGGAUGCCUGGUUGACUGGAAGAUUGUUCCACGUCGUCGUCAUUUAUCCGCGUCGAGUUCUGGAACAUUUUGGGAGUCGAAGCUCUUAACUUCCUACUUCGUGUAAUGUAACUAUGGACUUUAACUCGUUGCCAUGACAACGGCUCAUCAGUGCAGCACGAGCAACACUGACUCCUUUAGCAUUGUCCUCCUCUUGUUGUUAUUGUUGUCGUGAAGGAUUUUUGUGUAUCCAACAUGUCCCCCCCCCCCCUCCUCCCCAACCCAUGCUAACACACUCCCAAUGGCGCACGCACAAGCACUCGCACACACACGUAGGGUUAACCUGAACAUUUCUAUGCAAACUAUAACUAGACGCCAAUGUCGCAAUAUGUCACCAUGGUUAUCGGGUGUGAACUCUAAAAGAAGUACAUUUCUGUUGGGUCCUUUGUGCAUUUCUGAUCUGGAAAACGUGUUAAACCGCUGCAAAAUUUACAGGCUGUUUUUUUUAAGUGUGUUUUUGUGUUUACAAGUCACUUUCACACUCUCUUGUGAAAGUGAAUUAAUCGAUGAUGUUCUAGCUAAUUGAAUUCAUUCCCUCACAUCGACGUGAUGUAUUUAAUUGAUGAUAAUGAUGACAUUUGUGAUGAGUAAUAAACCAUAAUAUAUUAAAUUA